AUGCCAUCACCACCGUCUUCCCAGUCCUCCCGCCUCUCCUCACCACCCUCUUCGCCACCCUCCGUUGCCGCGCCCACUCCAGAGGGUUUCACAUCUGCUCCGUCUCCCGGAGCUCCAACACCGCACGUUCCGUCUCCGCCAGCCGCAUCAGCACCCAAGAUUAAGCUCAAGAUGCCUGCAAAUAAGGGCGAAGCCGCGCCCAAGCCGAAGGCGACUCAACGUACCAAGGCCGACGAAGGGGAGAAGAAGCCACCUGCGCGCGCCGCGAGAGGCACGGGCACCGGCAAGGGAAAGGCGAAGCUUGAGCAGGCGCAGGAGGAGGUCGCGGCUCCCGCCAAGGGCAGGGGCAAGAGAAAGACGGUGCCCGUUGACGAGGAGACCAAGAAGAGCCCACCAUCGGAGGCGAGCAAGACCAAGCGUCUCAAGGCGUCGCCGGCGGCAGAGAGCGUCUCCAAGAAGACUUCGCCUGCUGCAGAGGGCAUCCCCAAGAAGGCCUCGCCUGGCGCAGAGACCAAGCCGAAGAAGACCUCUCCGGUCGCGGGGGCUACGUCAAUGAAGACCUCACCAGAGGCAGAGGGCAAGCCCCAGACCUCGCCGGGGGCAGAGAGCAGGCCUAAGAAGAACGUGAAGGAGAAGCGCAAGCGCAUUAUCGACGAAGAUGACUCGGCUGACGAGUCCGCGACCUUGUCCGACCCCGAUAUCAUCGACUUGACCCCCUCGCCGAGCCCGUCCGACGACGAGUCUCCUACAAGCUCGAAGGUGGAGAAGACCACGGGCGGGUCUCCCAAGAAGAGGGCCCGGGUGCUGCCCAGGGUUACGAAGCGUCCCACCGUCCCAGCUUCGGCCUCGACGAAUCCAUCCGCCAGCACCGCCAGCAAUGCCAAUACACCGGUGCGCAAGCCCAAGCCAGCGCCAAAGCCCGCGCCGCGUACUAGCCUGCUCGCCUCCACGCUCAGCAAACUUUCCAGCCAGCCGGACAAGCCCGCUCCUAAGCCUGCGGAACGCCCGCGCCCCGGCGCAUGGACUGACGAGCUUGUGUUGACGUAA